AUGGACAGGCCGUCCCUGGGUACUGGCGAUAGUGGAGGCAGUGGUGCUAGUGCUGGUGGAAGCGGUGGUGCUUCUGGUGGCGGCAGUGCUUUUGGUGGUAGUGGUGCUAGUGCUGGCGGAGGUGGUGGUUCUAGUGCUGGUGGAGGACGUAGUGGUGGUGGUAGAGCACCACGAUUUCGACGAUUUCCCACGUUAGGCUUUGGUGGUGGUGGUGGUGGUGCUGGAGCCUGGAGGCACAUUACGCUUCCAAUGAUUUUUCAAAUUUUUUAUCGCACCUGCGCACUUUGGGCCGCAGGUGCGACCCGGCAGAAACGGCCUUCGAGCCACAGAAACGAUUAUGGGCCUGCCCAGCUGAGACCGCAGAAGCGGACUCACAGGAGCGGUAAAAGGAACGCUGAAGCAGGAGCGCAGAAGCGGCCCUUGAUCGCAAAAGCGAUUUUUGAGGACUUAAGUUAA